AUGUCAAAACCCGCCCCCGCCCCCGUCGACCUCUACCUCCAACGCGCAUUCGCCCUGGGCUCCUCGGCCUCCGCCCAAGACCUCUACAACGAAUGGGCCGCGGGGUACGACAAGGACCUCAACAGUGCAAGCUACGCGUCUCCGCGACGGUGCGUCGAGGUUGUUCUCAGAGCACUCUCAUCAACGCCAUCAUCAUCAUCUCUUCUAUCCUCGGGUUCAAACGACAAGAAUAGCACUAGUAACUCGUUCAAAACGUUAAGGAUCCUUGACGCAGGGUGCGGAACGGGUCUUGUCGGGGAAUGUUUCGCGCGGUCACCCCUCGGUGAAAUCAGUGAUAUUGACGGGGUCGAUCUCAGCACUGGGAUGCUGGAUGUUGCGAGGGCGAAGGGCGUGUAUCGGGAUCUUGAGACGGCGGAUUUGAAUGUCCGCAAUGGGAUCAAACGGGAGGACGCGGAGUAUGAUGUUGUUGUUUGUGUGGGGACGUUGACGAAGGGGCAUGUUGGGCCGGCGGUUUUCAAGGAGUUUGUGAGGCUUGUGAAGGGGGGUGGUGAGGGAUUGGUGGUUGCGACGGUGCAUGGGGGUGUUUGGGAGGAUGGGGGGUAUAGGGCUGAGGUGGAGAGGCUGGAGAAGGAUGGGGAGGUGAGGGCGGAUGUUGAGGAGUUUGGGAUUGUUGAGGGGGAGAGCAGCAGUGGGAAGAUGGUUGUUUUGAGGAGAUGUUAG